AUGACCCAAAACAAGACCCUCAUUUUCAAGAAGAUCCCUACCGGUCUUCCGGUAGCGGGGGAACACCUCACCAUCGAGGACCGCCCCAUUGACCUCAACGAUGCUCCCGAGGGCGGCCUGGUCAUCGAGGUCCUCUAUGCCUCUUUCGACCCCUACCAGCGUGGCCGCAUGCGCGACGCCGGCAAAAAAUCAUACUCCCCCGCCUUCGAGCUCGACGGGCCCGUCACCAACAGCACAAUCGGCAAGGUUCUCAAGAGCAACAGCUCCGACUUUGCGGAGGGCGACCUCGUCUACUCCCACACUCCCAUCGCUCAGUACGCCCGCGUCACACCUCAGAUCCUGCAGCAAGGCCGCAAGGUGCAGAACCCCCACAACCUGGACCUCGGGCUCUUCCUUGGACCUCUCGGAAUGCCGGGUUUGACCGCCUGGUCCGGUCUGCACAAGAUUGGACAGCCGAAGAAGGGCGAGACUAUCUUUGUCAGCUCGGCUGCGGGUGCUGUCGGCCAGCUCGUCGGUCAGAUUGCCAAGCGGGAGGGACUUACCGUGAUCGGUUCCGUCGGUUCAGAUGAGAAGCUUGACUUCAUCACCAAGGAGCUUGGCUUCGAUGCCGGAUUCAACUACAAGAAGGAGAAGCCCGCCGAGGCUCUUCCCAAGUUGGCCCCCAACGGAAUAGACAUUUACUUUGAGAACGUCGGUGGAGAUCACCUCGAGGCUGCCCUCACCAGCAUGAACACCGAGGGCCGCAUCGCUGUCUGUGGCAUGAUCUCAAACUACAACACCCCUGCCGAUCAACAAAAGGGCAUCAACGGCUUGAUGCAGCUCGUUACCAAGCAGAUCACUCUCCAAGGUUUCCUCGUGGGUAACCCCAAAUUUGGCCCCGCCCACUUCAAGGAUCAUCAGGAGAACUUGCAGAAGUGGCUGUCUGAGGGAAGCGUCAAGUCCAAGCUGGCGGUUACUGAGGGCAUCGACAACGCUGCUGAUGGUUUGAUCGGCAUGCUUACCGGAAAGAACUUCGGAAAGGCUAUUCUCAAGCUUCAAUGA